AUGGCGACAAGUUUCAGCUCUUCGAUCUCCAUGCAAGCUCGUGUCUCGGCUACAACAACUAGAUUCAGUCUCCAGAAACCGGCUUCGAUUUUCAGCAAUGGAAAGACUAAUCUUUCCUUCAGCCUGCAACGUUCAGUGCCUGCUCCUCGCCUCGCAAUAUCUUGUGCAGCUAAGCAAGAGACAGUGGAGAAAGUGUCUGAGAUUGUGAGGAAGCAAUUGUCGCUUUCUGAUGAUCAGAAAGUCACCGCCGGAACCAAAUUUACUGAACUUGGAGCUGAUUCUCUCGACACGGUUGAGAUAGUGAUGGGUUUGGAGGAAGAGUUCGGGAUAACAAUGGCGGAAGAGAGAGCUAAGGAGAUUGCAACAGUGCAGCAAGCUGCUGAACUCAUUGAAGAACUCGUCCAACAGGGGACCGCUUAA